CCAGGGCUGAAAAGGAUGGAACGAGCACCAGAAUGGAUGCGGUCUGUACCUAUCGCCCAGAUCCCACCGGCUUCAGGCUGGACAGAGAGCAGCUGUACCAGGAGCUCAGCCAGCAGACCCAUGGGGUCACUCGGCUGGGCGCCUACACACUGGACAGGAACAGUCUCUGGGUCAAUGGUUAUAACCAUCAGUACUGGACCCCCAUCACCAGCACUCUGGUGACCUCCACAUUUUCUCCAGGGCCCUCAGCAUCUCUGCCUCCCACCCCCAGCUCUACAGCUGCAAGUGUGGGCCCAGCCCUGGUGCCAUUCACCCUCAACUUUACCAUCACCAACCUGCUCUGCACCCCAGACAUGAGGCACCCAGGCUCCCUGAAGUUCAACUCCACUGAGAGGGCCCUGAAUCGCCUGCUUGGUCCCUUAUUCAAGAACACCAGUAUUGGCCCACUGUACUCUGGCUGCAGACUGACCUUGCUCAGGACUGAGAAGGAUGGGGCAGCAACAGGAGUGGAUGCCAUCUGCACCUAUCAUCCUGGCCCCAUGGGCCCCGGGCUAAACAGGGAAGAAUUGUACCAGGAGCUGAGUCAGCUGACCCAUGGUGUCACCUGGCUGGGCACCUACACCCUGGACAGAGACAGUCUCUAUGUCAAUGGUUAUAAUCACCGGUACUGGACCCCUACCACCAGCACUCCAGUGACUUCUGCAUUCUCUCCAGAAUCUUCCACCUCUCUGCCCCCCAUCCUCAGCUCUACAGGUGUGAGCCUGUCUCUGGUGCCCUUCACCCUCAACUUCACCAUCACCAAUCUGCGCUACACAGAGGACAUGGAGCUCCCAGGAUCUGAGCUAUUCAACAGUGUAGAGAGGACCUUGAAUCGUCUGCUCAAACCCUUGUUCCAGAACAGCAGUAUUGGGCCCCUCUAUUAUGGCUGCAGACUGACCUUGCUCAGGCCUGAGAAAAAGCGAACAGCCACUGGAGUUGAUGCUGUCUGUACUCACCGUUCUGACCCCAUGGGCCCUAAGCUAGACAGGGAGAAGCUGUACUGGGAGCUGAGCCAUCAGACCCAUGGUGUCACCCAGCUGGGCUUCUUCACCCUGGACAAGAAAAGCCUCUAUGUCAAUGGUUACACCCACUGGACCUCAGCCCUCAUACCCAGUGCUCCCGUGACCCCCGUGCUCUCCCCAGGGACCUCGGCAGUGCCAGCCCACUUCUCCAGCUCCACAGCAGCCAUCCCUUUCCUGGUGCCGUUCACCGUCAACUUCACCGUAACCAACCUGCACUACGAAGACGACAUGCAGCGCCCAGGCUCCUGGAAGUUCAACUCCACAGAGAGAAUCCUGCAGGAUCUGCUCAAACCCCUCUUCAAGAAUAGCAGUCUGGGAUUCCUCUAUUCAGGCUGCAGACUAGCCUCGCUCAGGCCUGAGCAGGACGGGGCAGCCACCAGAGUGGAUGCUAUCUGCCUGCAUCGCCCCGACACUACCGGCCCUGGACUGGACAGAGAGAAGCUGUACUGGGAGCUGAGCCAGCUGACCCAUGGCAUUGCCUUGCUGGGCCACUACACCCUGGACAGGAACAGUCUCUGUGUCAACGGCUUCACCCAUCAGAGCUCUGCAUCCACCACCAGCAGGACCUCCACAGUGGACCUGGGAGCUUCUGGAACUCCAUCCACCUUCCCCAGCCCCACAGCAGCCGGUCCUGCUCCAGUGCCCUUUACCCUCAAUUUUACCAUCAUCAACCUGCCCUACACAAAGGACAUGUGGCCGAGCUCUGCCAAGUUCAACUCCACAGAGUCAAUUCUACAACGCCUGCUCAAGCCCUUGUUUGCCAACAGCAGCAUUGGCUCGCUCUACAUUGGCUGCAGAGUGACCACACUAAGGCCCGAAAAGGGUGGAACAGCCACUGGAGUUGAUGCUGUCUGCACCUACCGACCUGACCCUUCCGGUCUCCAGCUGGACAGGGAGCGGCUCUACUGGGAACUGAGCCACCAGACCCAUGGUGUCACCCAGCUCGGUUUCUACAUCCUGGACAGGGACCGUCUCUAUGUCAACGGUUACACCAGCCCACCACUGACUGCCAUCCCCAGUGUUCCUGUGAUUUCCACACCCCCAGGAACCUCAGCAGCUCCAGUCUCCUUCUCCAGCUCUACAGUUUCUGGCCAUGCUCUGGUUCCAUUCACCCUUAACUUCACCAUCACCAACCUGCGCUACACAGAGGACAUGCAGUUUAUGAGUUCAGCCAAGUUCAACAAAAUAGAGAAGGUCUUGCAGAGCCUGCUCGGACCCUUAUUCAAGAAUACCAGUGUCGGCCCCCUCUACUCUGGCUGCAGACUGACCUCGCUCAGGCCCGAGAAGGCUGGAGCAGCCACCAGCGUCAGCGCCAUCUGCUCCUACCGCCCCCACCCUGCGGGCCACGGGCUAGACAGAGAGAAGCUGUACUGGGAGCUGAGCCGGCUGACCCGUGGUGUCACCAGGCUGGGCCACUACACCCUGGAGCAGGACAGCCUCUGUGUCAGUGGCUACACCCACCAGACACCAGUAACUGCGCCCAGUGCCACGGGACAACCCCUUGUGCCUUUCACCCUCAACUUCACCGUCACCAGCCUACGCUACACCGAGGACAUGCAGCCUCCUGGAUCCUUGAAGUUUAACACCACGGAGAAGUCCCUGCAGCGCCAGCUCGGACCCUUGUUCAAGAACACGAGUGUGGGCCCCCUGUUCGCAGGCUGCAGACUGACCUUGCUCAGGCCUGAGAAGGAUGAGGCAGCCACUGGAGUGGAUGCCAUCUGCGCCCUCCGCACUGACCCCACGGGCCCUGGGCUGGACAGAGAGCGGCUGUACCAGGAGCUGAGCCAGCUGAGCGGUGGUGUCACCAGGCUGGGUCCCUACACCCUGGACCCCGACAGUCUCUACGUCAAUGGCUUCACCCGCAAGACCCGGACCACCCCCCCCAGCAGUUACACCCAUCCGGCUCCAGCCACCACCCCCAACACCACUGGCCCCACUCUGGUGUCCUUCACCCUGAACUUCACCAUCACCAACCUGCCCUACACAGAGGACAUGGGGCGCCCCACUUCCUUGAAGUUCAAUUCCACUGAGAUGAUCCUCCAGCACCAGCUCAAGCUUUUGCUCAGUAAGACCAGUGUCGGCCCCGUCUACGCUGGCUGCAGACUCGCCUCACUCAAGCUUGAGCAGGGCAGAGCAGCCACUGGAGUGGACAUGAUCUGCACCAUCCACUCUGACCCCGCAGGCCCCGGGCUGGACAGAGAGCAACUGUACUGGGAGCUGAGCCGUGAGACCCAUGGCAUCACCCAGCUGGGGUCCUCCUUCCUGGACAGGGACAGCCUCUAUGUCAACGGUUACACCUAUGGAGCCACAGCCCCAACUACCACUGCUGGGGAGGCCCGUGAGGAGCUGUUCACACUGAACUUCACCAUUGACAACCUGCGCUACUCAGCGGACAUGGGCCACCCCGGCUCCCUCAAGUUCAACAUCACAGACAGCCUCAUGCAGCACCUGCUCGGCCCGUUGUUCCGGAGGAGCAGCCUGGGUGCCCGAUAUACAGGCUGCAAGGUCAUCUCACUAAGGUCUGUGAAGAAUGGCGCCAAGACAAGAGUGGACAUCCUCUGCACCUACCGGCAGCGCCCCAGCAGCCCGGGUCUACCUGCCAAACAGGUGUUCCAUGAACUGAGCAGGCAGACCCGCGGCAUCACCCGGCUGGGCCCCUAUUCUCUGGACAAGGACAGCCUCUACCUCAAUGGUUAUAAUGAACUUGGUCCAGAUGAGCCUCCCACAACUCCUGAGGCAGCCACCAUAGUCCUGCCUAGUUCAUCAUCACCUGUGCAACCAGAAGCCACCACAGCUAUGGGACACAACUUGAAGACCUUCACACUCAACUUCACUAUCUCCAAUCUCCAGUAUUCAACAGACAUGAGCAACAGCUCAGCCAUGUUCAACUCUACCAAGAGGACCCUGCAGCUCCUGCUUGGAUCCUUGUUCCAGAAGAGCAGCCUGGGCCCCUUCUAUUCAGGCUGCCGACUAAUCUCCCUCAGGCCUGAGAAGGAUGGGGUAGCCACUCAUGUUGACGCCAUCUGCACCUACCGCCAUGACCCCAUGGGCCACGGGCUGGACAGAGAGCAGCUUUACUGGGAGCUAAACCAGCUGACCCAUGGUGUCACUCAGAUGGGCGUCUAUACCCUGGUCAGGGACAGCCUCUUCAUCAAUGGCUAUGCACCCCAGAAUUUAUCGAUCCAGAAUGAGUAUCAGCUAAAUUUCCGCAUCAUCAACUGGAACCUCAGCAACUCAGACCCCACAUCCUUGGAGUACCGAGCCCUGCUGAGGGACAUCCAGGACAAGGUCACCAAACUCUACAGAGGCAGCCAGCUACAGGACAGAUUCCGCUCCUGCCUGGUCAUGAACUUGACGUUGGACUCCAUGUUGGUCACCAUCAAAGCUCUGUUCUCUUCCAAUGUGGACUCCAGUGUGGUGAAGCAAGUCUUUCUAGACAAGACUCUGAAUGACUCAUCCCACUGGCUAGGUGCCACCUAUCAGCUGGCGGAUUUUCACGUGACAGAAGUGGAAUCAUCAGCUCAUCUACCAACAGACAAACCAACAAGCAGCCCCAGCUCACAGCACUUCCAACUGAACUUCACUGUCACCAACCUACUCUAUUCCCAGGACUUAUCCCAGCCCAGCACCACCAAACACCAGCGGAACAAGAGAAGUAUUGAGAAUGCGCUCAACCAGCUCUUCCGAAAUAGCAGCAUAAAGAGUUAUUUCUCUGACUGCCAAGUUUUAGCAUUCAGAUCAGUUCCCGACAGCAACCACACUGGGGUGGACUCCCUGUGUAACUUUUCACCACUGGCUCGGAGACUGGACAAGGUUGCCAUCUACGAGGAGUUCUUGAGGCUGACCCGAAAUGGUACCCAGCUGCAGAAUUAUACCCUGGACAGAAACAGUGUCCUUGUGGAUGGGUAUUCUCCCGACAGAAAUGAUGUCUUGACUGAGAGAUCAGACCUCCCCUUCUGGGCCAUCAUCCUCAUUUGCUUGGCAGGACUCCUAGUGCUCAUCACAUGCCUGAUCUGCUGCUUCCUGGUCACCGUCCGCUUGCGGGAGAAGGAGGGAGACUACGAGGUUCAGCAACACAGCCUGGGCUAUUACCUGCCACACCUGGACCUGAAGUUGCAAUGACAGCUUCACCUGAAGCUCCAAGGGAGCUUGGCUGGAAUAGAAAUAAACCACAUUGGUCGGA